GUUUUGCAUGUGCUGUACCUUAUAUGUGAAUUGGUCUGUGAUAUAUUACAGGAUGAGGUCACCACUGGAAUUUGUUCCAAUAAGGAAGCAACAAAAAAAAAAAAAACUAAAAAAAAAAGCAGAAAACAACACACGGAAUACUCAUACAGAUCCUUGCUUUUGAGUAAAGACAACAAAGCCUGGAAAUAACAAAAAGGCAAAUUUUUGUGGAACAUGGAUAAGAAGAGAGUUAAUUUUGCACCAAUACAGACAAAUCCUUCCCAAAAACAGAGGCGUCAUCAUCCUUACCAACAUCUGCCCUUUAAAAAUGUGUACAAACAAAAGACCAAAGCAGGAGACAAAUAUAAUUUGAAGACACACAUUCUGAAGAUGAUUGUUACGGAUCUACAAACACCACGUCUUGUUGAAGAAGUCGGAUUCCACAAUUUCAUGAAAGCCCUAAAUCCCAGUACUGAUGCCGCACUAAGUGCCUCUGCGAUCCGACAAGAACUAGUGAAUAUGUAUGAUAUCACAAAGAGGGAAGUGAAGAAUGCAGUAAGCAAUGCAAGGGACCCCAUGCUCUCUGCUGAACUGUGGAUCUCAAGCAAAGAAGAGUCCUAUCUGACAGUAACAUGCCACUUCAUUGAUAAGUGGGAGCUAAAAUCCUACACACUAGACACGGCUCAGCUUCUCGACAACCACACGGCAGAAAAUGUUCAUCAGCAACUUCAGAGAAUUUCAACAGAAUGGGAGAUCAUGGAGAAAAUUAAGGUGGUGGUUGUCAAUGUUGAUGGAAUGAAAAAGAUUAAGCUCAACUUAACCUGGAGUUACAUACCUUGCUUCAGCCACACCCUCAACAAAGUCAUUCGAGAAGUCAUACAAAGCAACGAUUGGAGAUAUCUGAUGCGGAAGUGCCGCCAAAUUGUUCAGUUUUUCCACCAGGAAAAUGGAGCUUCAAGGGGUUACCAGUUGGUCCAGUCUUCUUGUGUUGACUGGCUUCCGACACUAGACAUGGUGAAAAAGAUCUGUGAACAGUGGCCGAGAUUUUCCAAAGACUCCAAAUACAUGCAUGCAGAUCAUCUUUGGCUCAAUGAAAAUGAAAGGAAACUGCUGGAGAAUAUGGAAAAAGCGCUCACAGUUGUUAAAGACGUCACAGAGGCGAUCGGGACACUCGGAUAUGUUUCAGUCUCCAACAUCAUACCUCUGCUUGAAAAGCUUCAGUCGAGUCUACAAAGUCUAAUAAAACAAGAAAACAAGGUAGCCUUGAAGCUCAGUGAGAAAUGUCAAUAUCACUUUGGAAACAUCAACCAAAAUAUAUGGUUCACUGUUAGCACAGCACUGGACCCAAGAUUCAAAAGUAGUGUACUGAAGACUAAGCAAGCAGAAAAAGUUAAAGAUAAGAUCAGAGAAGAAAUGUCCAAACUGGGGAGUGGAGCAAUAAGUAACACUUACAAUAGAAAAGGUUUAGGCGAGAUGGGUUAUGAAGAUUCAGUUCUGCAAUAUGUUAGAGAAAGAGACAUCUCAGAAACUCAGAGACCUCUUCAGUACUGGGCAGCGAAAAACAAGUCUACGGUCUUGGCCAUGGUUGCACACAAAUACCUCAGUGUGAUCUCCACUGCUAUUCCAAUAGAGCAGAUGAAGCAUCAGGACAAAUCACAGAUCAUUUUCAACAGGAGGAAAUGCUUGGAGGUCAAAGAUAUCAACAUGAUGCUGUUUCUGAAUGGCAAUCACCAAAAAAUAUGAAUUGUGGUGGUGUGAGAAAAACCUUUCUACUAUGUAAAGUUCUGAAAACUGCAAACUUUCCUGUACUAUCUGAACUCUCUUAUCACUUGAGGUAAAGGUCAUUCAUGGCAUUUAACCAUGAGCUGCACUGUUAUCUUUUCUCUGGACUGAUGUCUGUUCAUGUAACAUGGAUGGAGAAAUAGUCUCUGAUUCAUUCAGUGAGUUCCAUUCUGUUGGUGUUCAAUGGGGUUGAGGACAAGGCUCUCUACAGGACAGUGAAAUUCUUCCACUACAACCUUGGCAAAGCAUGUCAUUGUGCACAGGGGCAUUGUCAUGCUGGAACAGGUUUGGGCCUCUUAGUUCUAGUGAAGGGAAAUUGUAACGCUACAACAUACAAAGACAUUCUACACAAUUGUAUGUUUACAGCGUUGUGGAAACAGUUAUAACAAUUUAUAACAAUUUAUAUAUAUAUAUAUA